CUGGUUACAGCUUACUCGUCCAAACUGAAAGCGGGGCACAUUUUUCUGAAGAAAACGGUGUUUGGCUUAAGGCUUAAACCUCGUAAACCCUUUCCAUGGCCGCCCUGAAGCUCCUCCUCUCCUCCGCUCGCCGUCACUGCCUCUCAAACCCUCACUCCCGUCUCCACCCAUCUCCAUUUCUAAGCUACCACAGAUCCCUAAGCUCCGAAUCCGACCCAAACCCGAAUCAGAACCCUCCGCAGCCUCCUAGACGCCAACCCGUGCCGGUCGAACCCGUUUCUUACACUCUCAAACCCAAAGAGCAAUCCCUACCCGAUCCAGAUGCGACUCCCCAAGCAGCACCAACAUUACCGCCGCCUCCACAAAGCCCCGGUGACUCGCCCAACUCAUCGAGUCAGGACACUCGCGCCACCUGGACCCGUGAAGAGGCGCGUUUCAUCAGGGAUGUUCCAUCUAUAUCUCCGGUAUCGUACCCGGUGAAAGUUGCUCCCUUACCGGAAGAUAGGGUCGCGGAGGAGAGCGGAGGUGGCGAAGGCGGAGCUGAAAAGGAUGUGGAUGGCGUGAAGGACUUGGAGGGAGAGAAGAGGAGGAUCGAGGCCGAUGGUCGGAUGAGGAGGAGGCUUUUUAGGGUUCCUGAGGAGGAGGUGGUGGUUCCUUUUCCCGCGUUGAUUAAGGUUGAGAAGAAGGAGAGCAAAUCUAUUCUCGAGGUCAUGGACGCAAUUCGCCAAGUCAAGGCUAAUGCCCAGUGCAAAUUUGAUGAAACUGUUGAAGCUCAUGUACAAUUGGGUAUUGAUGCGAAGCGAAAUGCGGUUCGUGGUAACAUGACUUUGCCGCAUGGUAGUGGGAAGGUUGUCAGGGUUGCUUUCUUUGCUGAAGGCUCAGAUGCAGAAGAAGCUAGAGCUGCAGGAGCAGAUAUUGUUGGCGGUGUUGAACUGGUUGAGGAAAUUGCAAGCAGUCAUAAGCUCAAUGUUGACAAGUGUUUUGCUACAAAUGAAAUGAUUAUGCGCCUGGCAAAGAUUGCAAGAAUUCUUAGAGAGCGUGGUUUGAUGCCUGACCGUAAACUAGGUACUGUCACCAAUGACAUUACUGGAGCACUGCAGAAGGUAAGACAAGGUCAUAUUGAGUAUAGAAUGGACAGAACAUCAAUUGUACAUGUGGGACUUGGAAAGGUGAGCUUCACGGAGGAGUAUCUGCAAGAGAACAUUGGUGCAUUUAUGAGUUCUCUUUUGCUGGCUAAGCCUACAGGUUUAAAAAAGUCUUCCAAAUAUGCGGGGUAUAUUAACUCGUUCCAUAUAUGUAGCACGAUGGGUCCAGGAUUCCCGGUUUCAAUACAGUCAUUGUCCAAAGCUGCAGAUCACUACAAUAAAGUGCACCUCAAGGCUUAAGUGACGUGAUUUGUUAACAUUUCCAACCAAGCUCAAAGGUUCAGCAUUUACUCUAUUAGUCUUUUACUCUUUUAGGUAGCGACGGCUCUCCUUGUCUCUCUCGGAGCGGGAUGUGGAUUGACUAAAUUGGAAUACUAUAUUGACGGGUUUCCGUGAAUCUGCAAGCCGUCCGAGUGUUAUUGCAAAUGGCAUUUCGCUCUACUGCUUCACAUCAUCACGAUCUUCGUGUUUCCCUGCAAUGUGUGUGUUUUUUUUUUUUUUUUGGGUCUUUUGAAUUUUUCUCUUCGUUAUUUAUUUGUAUAAAUUUUACCGUUACAAUCUUCUAAAAUAGAUGUUCCAUGAUUUUGAUGUGCGGCACGUUAUCGCAACUUCUCGAUUUGGACGAGGAUGUUCAGCAUACUCCUGUGUAAAUGCAAUGAUGUUCUGUGACUAUAUGGAAAACGUGGAGGCGACACGGGUCCUCAUUCGUCACUAGGAACUUGCUACCUGAUCCGAACUUGAUCUGUUAAAUUUAACGGGUAGUAUGAAACAAUCCAUUACCCGUUAAAGAAAGUAUAUUGUACUUCAAUAAAUAAUAAAAUGAAAAACAUUAAUACUAA